AUUGGUUGCUCCUGCACAGAUGAGAACAUGGGAAGGUCUUUACUUUGUAUGGAAAUCCCCAUGGAACAAAUCCCAGAGGACAUCCCACAUGAUUUCACUAAAAUCCGAAUUGAAAACUGUCACCUGACUGAGUUACCACGAGGAUCUUUCUCUAACGUUAGUGCCUUGGAGUUCCUCUGGCUGAAUUUCAAUGAGAUCACCCUCAUGAACAUCAAAAGCCUGGAGGGGCUGGCCAACCUGACUGAGCUCAGGCUACAAGGGAACAAGCUUACUUCAGUACCAUGGACGGCGUUUCAGAACACACCAAAACUGAAGAUUUUGGACCUGAAGCACAAUCGACUGAACGUCCUGCCUGAACACGCACUGAGACACUUACCUGCACUGACCUACUUAGAUUUAUCCUUCAAUCAGCUUAGUGUCAUAUCAAAAGAUGUCUUCAUAAAUUGGCCUCUUUACCAAACAGCAGAGAAAGUGUGGGGGAAAGAAGGGUUGGUCUCCAAUGUGGUUCUGGCGCUGCAUGACAACCCCUGGUUGUGCGAUUGCCGCCUCAAAGGCUUCGUUGAAUUCAUCCGGGCGGUCAGCCCUCCCAUCAUUCUGAUGAACUCUUAUUUGAUGUGUGUGGGCCCCGCCUCCAAAGCUGACAAGUUUUUCCACGAGAUCCAGUUAAAAACAUGCAUGAAGCCAGUGGCCUCUGCCCCAGCUACUAACAUCACUUUACCUCUCGGAGCAAAUGCAACACUCACAUGCUUAGUCAAGGCCAGGCCAGGCCCAACCAUUCAGUGGAUGUACAGUCUGAAGAUUAUAAGAGGAUUUGCUGCUACAGAGACUCAAAUAGAUGAGGAGACCUUCACCUCCCAGCUGGUGAUCCCUUCUCUUCAUCUGGCAGACCGAGGAAUCUACACCUGCAUGGCCAACAACUUCAUUAGCAACUCUUCUGUUAGCAUCACGGUUAACAUCAGCUCCUCAAACUCCUCUGCUCCUCUCCAUCCACCUGUCCCCAUGUUGUCAUCCAAUGAGAACACCUACAUUGACAUCCGCAUCGCUAAGCAGACAGUUUAUGGUAUCACCCUGGAAUGGAAUGCAGCAACGGACAACCCAGCAGAAACCUGGUUCACCAUCCACUUUGGCAAAUACGAUUCACCGAAAAAGGAAAUGAUCUACAUUGGUCCUGGCAUCAACAGCUACUCUGUCAGCGACCUGCUUCCUGUCACCAAAUACGAGGUGUGUGUGACCCUGAAGAACCAUCCGCCAAGGGAAGGCCAGUGCAUCGUGUUUGUGACGGGAAGUGACAUCAGUGAGCUGGAGCAAAGAGAGAGACUCAUUCACAUUAUCGUCAUUGUGUGCGCCAUGGUGCUGGCAGUGCCGGCCGGCAUGUACGCCUGCACCACCGAGGCCAAGUUCAACUGUGUGGAUCGGUGCAUAGAUCUAUGGAAGAAGCGCAGGCUGCACGGAGAGAACCUGCAGGGGUCGGAGAGGCAGGGCACCUUUGACAGCCUGCAGGCGGCCAGUGAUGAAGACCUGUACAGGGACUCGGAGGAAAAGCCGAAAAAGAGGCGAAAGUCAGAGGAUAGGAGCAAAGGAGGAAGUGCCGCUUAUUUGUACUAGCAUCAAUGUCAAGAAAUGUACAUACUUGUGUAUUUGUAAAUAAUUUCAGUUUUGAGUGUAGACUCAGCUUGGGCUUGUCAUGUAUUAUAAUUACGUUACGGUCACAGUGCUUAGUGUCCAAUCUUUUAAAAAAUAAAUACCCGAAAACCUGAUGGUCAUUAAACAAAAUGUAUCGCUGUUAUGAAGGUAUAUAACCACCUGGAUGAAAAAAUACUAUAUCUGCUGCACAAUAAUAACUCCAUUGUUUAAGUAAUAUCAAUACAUACGUGAUAAUAACAUUUUUUUAAAUUGGGUUCAUUGUACACAUUGAGCAAGGACAGAUAUAAUUUCCGGCCACCAUCUUUGUUUGGAUUAAGAGUAAUAAUAGUACAGCAAAUAGAAUAUUUUUUCAUCCUGGAAAUACCUUCAGAGCAACAAUACAUUUUGUUAAAUGAUCCUGGGGUAUUUAUUUUUAGAAAAGUUUAUUGUACUAUAGCUCUGUGACUCAAAUUUAAUAUGAAUACAUGAGAGGCACAAACCAAGGCUAUUUUGAGUAUAUAGUCAUCCUGUAAAUAUAUAUCUUAAGCUAUCAGCUCCAAGUGGA